AUUUAAUUGCAGAUUCGGUCUAACAAUUACCCAAAAUGCAUUGUAGGAAACACUUAAGCCCCCUCAUCUUGCGUAUCGAAUGCAGACAUCGCGAGAAAGAGGUACUCGGCACUUUUUGAAAUACUUUGGUCUGAAUUUCAUCCUCACAGCCGCAUUCGGCGCCUUUUUUGCUUGCACAUUGCGUUUCUCAACAAGAAAACAAAUUAAAACUGGAAUGCAGAAAUUGUUUGAUUCUGUUUGUAUCUCUAACAUCAUUCAUCAUGAAGAUUCCGAUCUAUGUUACCAUGCUUGUUCUGACUUCUUGUCUUUCAGCCUCUAUGAUCAAUGCUAUGUGGCGCGGUCAUAGCUCAGACGAAGAAGAUUCUCCUUUGCUGCCUUCCAGAGAACAUGCCUCGGGAAAAGCACCUGCUGUUUCAACUGCAAUCGGGACAGCAGAAUAUCACGAAGGCAAACUUGCUCAUCAUGAAAAGAAAGUCGCAUUCCAUCAAGCUAUGUCUAAAAAUUUGGCAUAUACAAAACAUGAUCGAUUAUCCAAACAUCAUGGUGUAGAAUCUUUUCAUAGCAAAGAUAUGAUGGCAGCUCAUCAUGACUUUUCUGAAGGCAUCAAAGAAGGUCGUUUCCUUCCUGGCCCGAAGACACAAAAGAAAAAGAAGCCAAGUAAUUUACCAAACCCUCCAAAGAGUAGAGAAGAGGCUGAAAAGUUGAUUGAUCAAUCGCAUCUCAAACACUUGAACAAGGGGAAAUUCAAACAUCUCCCUCUAGAUAAUGCGGAGGAAAAGCAUGGAAGAUUAAACAAGAAGUUGAACAAUCAACGGGCGGGCAGCUCAACCCGUGAGCAAGAAGAUCAAAGCAGUUCCGCGAGUGUAGCUCACUUGGCAAUCACCAACUUUCGCUAGAGCUCUACAUCUUUCAUAUCUUACUUAUCCUUCUUUCGUGUUUACAUAUCAUUUAUUCAAAUCAAUUGGCUCAG